CUCCUGCAGUGUUUAUAAAGUCUGUUGUCAAAAUCAUUUGGUUCGGUGUUUUGCAACAAAAACUGGGAAUUAUGGACUCAUUGCUCAUUCCAUAGAGGAUUCUAUGCGUUACAGUAAAUGUUCCUGUGUCUGAUUUAAACAUUUUCCCAAUUUUCUCGGAAUAUUUUGGAGCAAAGCCGAAGCGUGUGCGAAAAGGCAAAAAGGGAGAAGGAUGAUGGAAAUAGAGCGGUGUCCGGGACUCUACUGUGGGCGAGUAUUCUUUGAGGAGAACAGCACAUGGAGCGAUUGUGGUGCAUGUCCUCGGGGCUAUCGAGUAAAUGAGAGUUUCGCUUGUGCCCUUUGUAAUGAGGAGCUCUCGAUGUACAAUUAUCUGUACUUGGGAUUCAUGGCUGUUCUGCCACUCGUGAUGCAUUGGUUUUUUAUUGAUGUGGCAGCAAAGGAGAGGGGCUUUAGCCGGGGACAACUCAUUCUCCACUUCAGCGCGUUCGUCGAAGUGGUCUCUUCAGCUGUGGUAACCCUCCUCGCCAUGGAGCCCACGUGGGAGCUGAAGAUUCAAUCGUGCCGCAUCAGUCGCCUCUCCGAUUGGUACACGCUCUUCCACAAUCCGGCUCCUCAGUACGGAAAGAAGCUGCACUGCACGCAAGAGGCAGUUUACCCACUACAAACCAUGGUUUUGCUGUUCUAUUUCCUCUGCUUGCUGAACAUGAUGCUCCUGAGGCCGCUGCUGAACAGAAAGUUCCUCAAAGCCGGAAAGUCAGCCGUCUAUUGUGCUCUCUACUUCCUUCCCAUACUCACAGUCUUACAUGCCGUUGCAGGAGGACUCAUUUACUACGCCUUCCCUUACCUCAGCAUCGUCAUCUCGAUGAUCUCCAAUGCAACGCAUUUCUCCAUUAAACUAGAUCAAUCAAUGAAGUCCCUGAUGAAAACGUCUCUCACGGAAAUUAAGAAUAUCGUAAUUAUACUGGGUCACUGGAUGCUGAUGGCCUACGGCAUUCUCUCACUCCGUCAGCACUACGCAUUUUUGGCAUUUGUCCCCUUUCCAGCGAUUUUCUACAUUUUAACGGUCAAAUUCACCGACCCGGCAGAAUUUCGUGAUAAAGAUCGAUCAGAGAGGAAUAGUUAGAGUACCGUUGCUUGUAAUAGGCGGAAAUGACUUCACUCAUCUCUAACUGUAUUAAAUGUGAUUAAAUAAAUCUGUAAGUUAUUUAAAGGAA